GUUAUAGCAAGGAUAACCCAGUAUUUGGAAGCAUAGAAAUGGGUGCCACGGCCUCCUGUAAGAAAACCACCGGCAGCAAUUAUCCGGAUCAUGAUGAUCCAGGCUAUCGCAAGUGUCAGGAACUCAAGAUGGAACGCUGGAUCCAGAUGCAUUACCAAAUCAAGCAAAGAGAGCAGGCUCUGGCCAUAGCCCAGCAUCGGGAGCUCUUCUAUUGGUUGAGUGGCUUCUACCUGAGUGCUGUCUAUGGAUGUGCCAGUUACUACCAAAGGGUUAAGCGAAUCUCUGCCUUGGCCCCACUCCUGCCGCUGACCUUUGUGGUGGGUUACUACACGGAUUGGGCAUAUGGCAGCAAGCUGCAUCGCAUUCAAGCGGAGGCAAAUAUGAUAAUGGAACAUGAACAGGAGCUGCUGCAUUGGCCUGGUGGUCUGCCCACAGUGGCUGGCAUUGAUGAGGCACGCGUGGAAACUGAAAUGGAAAAGAAAAUGCAUCCGCAUCAUAUGUAGAGGAAAAGUCUGAUCCUCGUACCCAUUAGGCUAUAGGGACGACUCGGGUUCAAGCCUCGACCAAACCAUUAAAACAAUUAACACAAAACACACUUUUUACCUUCCAAAAAAGAAAUCACAAAUUCAAAACGGGGAUUAAUAGAAAUAGAGAACAAGCAAAAUAGACAUUUUUUACCAGUGAUUGUUUAGUAAUAAUACUAAAAAUGUUUUUAAAAAGAGAGUAAAUCCCCUCAAGCAAUAACUUUUAAGCCUGCAAAUGUUUUACAAUAUAGUAAACUUUCUUCCUGAGAGAAUCUUCUCUCUAGCUCUCAUACUUUCUCUCUAUAACCUUGUAAAGAGAGCAAUUUAGUUGAGCAUUAUGUAAUAUAAAGCUCCUGAGGAGCUGUUCUUUAGGGUUUCUUCCAUACACAUUAGCUUUUCUGCACAGAACCCCAGUCGGCCUUGGAUACUCAUCAUAUAGCUCAAAUAUAGUUCCCUAUAAUAUAUAUAUUUAUAAUCCUAUCUCUCAUUCUCACUCUAACUCUAUCUCUAUCCCUUUGCGUGUCACUUUUCCUGCAAUUUUUUGAGACAAUACUCCUUAUAUUUGGAUAUAGUUAAUAAUUGAUAUACAUAAUAUAUAUAUAUAUAUAUAUACAUAUAUUCUUAUGUACACUUGAUAUAAAAA